AUGGCGCACGACGACUCCAGAAGGCGCCGCGAACGCCCGCGCCGCUCCACAGGAGGCUCUGAAGCUUACUUGCCUCCGAGACGAGAGUUUACGCGCCGUGAUGGCCUCAAUUAUAACGAAGGUGAAGUCUUUACUCGCUGGGAAUCCAACGAUGAGGCAGAGCCGGCCACAAGACCGUUUGUAAUUCGCAGGCGGGGAGAUGCACGACGACGGAGCUUCCGCAGAGAAAGCACAGGAGUUGAGCUCGCACCGGAGGCGGCUGUCAUCACGGAAUCUCCCACCGCUGUUCGCUAUGUGGCCUCUUCAGAUGGCGAGGAUCAUGAGCGUUUUGAUCGGCCUAUUAGAGAAUACGAGGAUCCAUACGAACGUCGCCCUCCCCCCGUGGCCACUAGGGAUGAAGUCAUCAUCGAGAGACAAGAUGGGAGAUCGCGGCGUUUUGAGUCUGAUGUUAACCCGCCGCCACGAUAUGUAGAUGCCGAAGGGGAUGGAUAUCGUGUCCGUCGACCCGUGAGCCCCAUCAUUGAAGAUAUCGACGCCUUUGACGACUUUCACUUUGUCCUUCCAGCCGAGGACCUGUCAAAAGAUGCAGAGCUGUCGGAUCUGGAAACUCCAACAACCGAGAGUGAAUCAACACCAAAAAUCGAGCGUCCACUUUCUCCUACCCUUGCUGCACCUGGAAUUUAUUCCUCCAGCUACUUUGGGACCGCGGAGCUUGGCGCUCAACACGAUGUGAAUUUGACGGUCCUUCAUGAUCCUAGAGGCCAGAAGCAGCCUCUGUUCCGAUGGUUACACGUCCGCCAAGAAAUAAUGAAUUUUGAUGCGUUUUGGGUCCAAGUAUCACGCCAUAUCCGCUUUCGAGAUGCUGAAAGAAAGGCUGUUGUUAACUUGAAAGCCGAAGUCAAGCGGCAGUGCGUCAAGACUCGAUACAAUCCGCAAGGCGCAAAGCCGUCCAAUAAAAAACCACCCGAGGACUCACAUGCAGCCAACUGGAUCUGCAUACCAUACUUCCAUCUACAACAAUAUUCCGAAUCUCCCUCAGCCUCGAACACGGCACUAUUCCCAGCCCAGACUUUAUUGCAGUCUCAAUAUUCUCGUAGUAGCCAGCAAAGAGACAUGGACCAAGCAGUGUGCCAGAUUGGGCAAGUUCCGCGAGGGGAGUGUUUUCAUAUCUCGCAAUUGUGGUGCCUUAUUGUCGGUAAUAAAUGCCAGACGUGGUUUGCCUUUAUUUCCCACUUUCAUGCCUUUUGGCCACAGAAGCUCGAAUUCUGGCGUAAAGAUCGCCUAAUAACAGCUGAAAACUGGGGGAAAAUUUUGGAACUAGCUGAAGGGCUGCGUGGUGAUGUGAGAGAUGCACCGGAUAUGGUGCGAACGUUUCUAAAACCAGACGCGGUGGCCAACAAGGCAUCUGAAAAACGUCCUGAACAGUCGGCAGCUACGCCGGAGUAUCUGCACGUUUUCACACUCUUGUCGAAGAAUGCAGAAUCGUCCGGCGACUCCAUUCUACAGGACCUUCGAGAACAACUUUCGGCGGCUGAGAAGUUCCUGACAGAGAAGACGUCCUACACAGCACAAAGGGGGUAUAAGAGAUGCGAGCUCAUGACAAAAGAUGGGGCGCAGGAACAACUCGAAAAGCUAGCAGUCCGCGUCGAAGAGAAGAAGAGUGAUACAAUCCGCCGCUCAUACGACGAAAGGCUCGACGUCUUCAAUAUGGCGGACACGCUGUUUCAACUAUUCUUCCCUCUAACAUUCCACGGCCCUACAACAGGGAAAUAUUGGGGUGCUCUAAGCAAGCUGAUGCACAUACCGGAACUUGACGAAGACGACACCGCUCGUCCACUGUUUUCUCCUAUUUCGGAAAUGAGAAGCACCCUCUGGCAGUUGACCCAGGACAUCCAAUCGUUUCAAAACAUCAUGUCUUUUGCGGGGAAAGAAGAUCGCGCCGCCAUGGCACUGCCUCACGAGCUUGUGACCGCAUGGCUGCACAUCGUCUUUGGCCUGAUAUAUGGCACCUAUGCGCUGGACUGGUAUACUCACAUGACGAAGGCGAAAUCUCUAUUGAGAGAAGGAAUGCAGAAAAUGAUUGAGGGCAUUUCUGCCCAAAAUCUGCUGGACAAGGCAGUCAUGCAGCCAACGGAAAUCAUGUCACUCAUAGCACUCAACCUCUUACAAGACGACGUGGGCAAGUAUGAUGACAUUUGCGAUACGUAUUCGCUCUAUCUCAAUUCCUUAGAUACCGAUAUCACUACAAAGCCUUCCAAUCGGAUGUAUCAGCAUCGUAUUGACUUGGUCAAGCAAGAAAUGACGGCCAUUAGGCGAAACCUGGUAAGGCAGCGAAAUAUCAUAGCUAUGCUCAGAAAUAAAAUGAGCAUUACGGACGGAAAUUUCAUGGUGCGGUAUGGAGAAGAAAUGCCAACGCGUAUGAAGGCAGAGUACGGUCUGAAGGCCGAGUACACCGGUCUGAAGCGCUCUGUCCCCGCACAUCGAUACUAUGAAGCUGCAGAUGAGAAGACAAUUGGACACGGCGCAUAUGAUCAAGGCAGAUUUGGUGUCCAGUUCUUGACUGAUCUUGAGACAGCUUCCAAGCUGUCGUCGACAGAUGCGGAAGGAUUUCGAAGCCUCUUUCUUACUGACUGCGCGAACUUGGUUGAACAAAGAGAGUACGAAUUCAAGCGAGACACAGAGUAUGCAGAGGAACUUGAGCGGGAUAUUAGGUAUAAGAUGGAGUGGACCAAGGACAAGCAGGAGAAUGCCAUCUACGCCUUCACUUUGGUUACUAUCAUCUUCCUCCCACUGAGCGCCAUCUCGAGCAUCUUUGGCAUGAAUACCAACGACAUCCGCAACAUGGACUUUGACCAGUGGCUCUACUGGGUAGUUGCCCUCCCCGUUACGGUCAUCAUCAUCAUUGCCGGCCUAUGGUGGAUGGACGAGCUCAGCAACGCAACUGACUGGCUCAUUGGCAGACGCAAGCGCUCAUCAGAGUAUGAGGGCUCGGUGUCAUAUAAAUCCACCUCGUCUAAGCCGACGCAGUCAGUCAUGGAUUACGACUCAAUAGGACGUUCCAGCGAGGAUAUACCUGGUGUCUAUCGCCGCACUCGAUAUCUACGUCCUAUACGGAAUUAUACGGGAAAUGUUGAGGCACCAUUGGGCACUAUGCCGCGAAGACGGAGAACUUCUUUUUACAAGUACUGAGAUGUCUUGCGGCAAAUGUUUUUGGUAUAUGCGUCUUCUCAACAUGUACAUGGAGUCUUGAUAAUUUACGGGCACUGAGAUGAGAUCUGAAAAAAAUAUAAGAUAAAAACUAUGCAA